CUUUUAGACCCUAAUAUCGAGCUUCCAACAAUUAGCGCUACCGAGGUUGAUGACGUUUUUAGCAGCUUGAUAUCGUCGUCACUAGCGAAAAAUGUUUGGGGAGAAAGUAAGCUCGCAAGACAUCUCUCCGACAUUCAUGGAUCGAAUGAUUCCAAUCUUCUUGUUACACCUACGAUUCUAAAUCGUGUUGAGGAACAACUUGUCCAGCCAAAUUGCAGCAUGCUAAGCUCUCAAUCCCUAAUUAUAUCUCAUUCUCAUAAUAAGAAUGAUUUGGGAGAUGCUAGAGAAUCGUCUAAUAAUUCUAAUCCGGGUCAUGAUGAUAAUGUUUGCCUAAAUAACAGUUCCAAUGGCCUCCCCCACGAGGCUCUCUCCUGUUGUUCAUUUCAAGUAAAUGCUGCACAACCACCAUUUAUAAUGAAAACAUAUAUUGGCUCAAAAGGUGGUGCCGGAGAAUAUACUACUAGUAAUGCGACUCAUCUCAUGAUUCUACCCGAUGACUCCACUGGAGCCACUGAUGCCAUUUCUUCUGAACCGGUACGAAAGUUUUUAUAG